UUUCAUUACGAGCCAAACAUACACAAUUAUAAUUAAACGUUCUCAUACAUAAUAUGCUUAAGAUUCUUACUAGUGUUUGCAUAUCAUAGAGAAUUAUUUCAGUGGGAUAUUUUAUAUUGGAGAAAAGAUCAGGUAGAAAUGGUGAACAAACAAUUAAGGCCAGCAGCAUCCUUGUUAUUGUUUCUCAACUUAUGCAUGUAUGCAGUUGUGUUAGGCUUAAGUGGUUGGGCUAUCAACAGGAUCAUCAACUAUGGAAGAUUUGGUUUUGGACAAAAUGCGGCAAGUCUAUACAUGAUACUAUUAUCGCUAAUAGCCGGAGCAGUUGGGUUAGUAUCUUGCUUAUUUGGGCUAAACCAUAUAACCUACUGGCGUCGUACUGAUAGCUUGCCUGCCGUUGCUGCUGCCGCCGCCAUCGCCUGGGGUCUUACCAUGCUUGCUUUUGGCUUUGCAUGCAAACAUAUUAAGCUACACACAGACAGUGAACAUCUGAAAACAUUGGAGGCAUUCAUCAUAAUCCUAAGUGGAACAAUGCUUUUGUACAUCUUAGUCAUUCAUGAAAUAAUGAAGAGAGGAAACUAGAGCAACUUAUAUGUUAUUGUGAUUCUUGUACUCUAAAAGUAACUAAACUUGGGUGUAGCUUGAGUUGCUUCACAUACAUGCAUGCAAAGAUCAAUUGGGUGUAUCAAUUAAAUCUUUUACUCUUAAUCAAACCCAAUUAUGGAGGAAUUUACGUUCAAAUUUCCUUAACUAUGAACCAAAUCUUUGAAUAAAAGCUCUAUUACUAUGAGAUUGUGUGAUAUAUAAAACAAAAAAAAAA